AUUUUGUGCAAGUCAAUUCAUUUUGACGUUUAGUAGAAAUCGUAAUUAAUUGUAAUCAGCAAGCCAGACUACGACUAGAUAUACUAACUGGUACUUAAAAAAUUCAGUGAAAAACAUGUGGGCGUUAUCUUUUGAUACAAGACGUUGAUGACGGGUUUCUGAUCACGCGUGUUUGUUGUUGUCGUCUCGGCUCAGCUGCUACUGUGGGAUACAUUUCAUAGUUUAUGUUGAUUCAGUCCUAGUGGGUGGGCCAUUUAAAUAACAACCAACUCGGGAAGUCGUGAACGAAAGAGAUUAUCCUGGAACUUUGAUGCUCUCGCCUGACCUCUUUCCCCCUCCGGUUCGUCAACACCGUGCAAACAAGAAAACUUUGCCCUUAUUCUCACCCGAUCGUUAUAUUUUCUAUUGCCAAGGCGUUGAUCCACUGUUGUAUUGGCUCAUUGGGCUAUUCUGAUGAUUCAUCACCAUCAUCCACCCGGGCCUGUUUAACCUUUGUACUCAACUGGGAGGCUGUUUUGUGCGCCACGCAAUAUCGUCGAGGUUUCUCGUACGUAUUAGAAGAUGACAUUCAAUUCAAUAGCCAGUCUCCAAGCAACUUCCGUCCCGAUACAUUUAUGUCAGGAGAAAUAAAAACAACCCUUUGAUGCUUAAAAACACACAAAACGAGUUAUGACGGGCAGUUGCUAUUACUCGUCAUGAAAAAUAUCAUCUACUUACUUUGAAAGCGGGACAAGCAAUAUUAUUACACAGCCAACAGCCCGAACCGCGGAGCCACCCUCUUUCAUCAUCGUCGCAGCUAUCCGGCAGUAUAACGGCUAGCGCAUUCCAUUUGAUCUCCUCCGCUGUAUAUAACAGAUCGUGCCGUCACCUACUGCAUCCAAUGAAAGGCCUUUUUUUUUUACAUCGCCUAGAGUCAUUUCGUUAGCAAACAGAGCGAUCGUAUAAUCGGGUGGGCUGUGUGUAAUGUCAGCAAACAAGUUCCAGUUUCCCCCCACCCCUAUUCCGGGGCAAGGCGGAUGAUGAUGAUGAUGAAGCUAGUAACUCAAGAUUUGCAUCUUUAUCCCAACAAUGGACUUUAUAACAAUAGGAUCUGAAAGAUUUCUAUAUCUAGAUAAGAAAAAGGUUCGUUCCGUUUGUUCAACUUGUUUGCUAAACUUCACUUACGCAGUUGACAUGUUGGAAUAUUUUAUUUGCCAACUGUUCCGGACGGUAUAAUCCUCCUGGAAGAGUUAAGAACUUGCGUAUAGAUAACUCUUGGUUUUCGCUUUUGGUUUUCUUGAUUGUUUUUGAAACUAUGCCGUCCAAGAAGGGAAGGUGCUGUAAUUUGGCCACGGCUCGCGGAGAAGAAGCGUCUGUGCUCUGGAUGUCUAAUUUGAGACUGGCGAGGCGAUCAGGCAGUAAACUUUGCAUCCGGCUGGUUGCUGGUUGGUGAAAGAGAACAUAUCGGCGGGAUUUAAGAUAACAAAUCGCUAGAGAAAUCCUCCUCCGGACAGCAGAUAGUGAAGGAGCCACUAGCUAUUCUCGCCCGUCAUUGAAAACAACAAGAUAUUGCUGUGAACGGUUGAGGACGAAUCCUACCGAGGUACGGUAGUACAUUCCUCCCAGAAAAAAAAAAUGUCCGCGCCAACUUAGGAACUAUAAAACAAAACAAAACAAAAAGAAAAGUUUGAAUAACAAUUAACAGCAGUUGAAUGGUUUCCAGCUGGUCAGAAACGGAACGCAGGCGCGGACUGACAAUAUGAAGCUGAUGACGCGCGUGGGUGAGAGGCCAAGAACCUUUGCAAUGUGUUAUAAAUUCACGGAGCGGAACAAGUUCCGCGAGGAGUCGGAUCCCGACAAGCCAACAGACAGUUCAAGCUUUGAAUUUUGUUUACCUUUCAGAAUGUUCGUGAUCAACUAGCUAAAAUUGUACCGCACUGCAAAACCAAUUGCUAUCCAACGCAGAAAAAUGGUCUCAACUCACAUUCACAAGUGGGCAGUCCGUUUGGUACUUGCAACGCUGGUGGUCUACCCAUUCUCCAACGCCAGCAUCCAACCGCUGGACUGGACGGAAUUGGCCAACGAGAUUGACAACCAGCAAUGGUGCGGCAAGAGUGAUUAUUGCCACUCUCUCUAUGAGACAGAUGACGAAUCAACAACGGAAUUAUUCUCCAUCAAACACGGAAGGACCACAAUGAACCCGAGCGAAAUGGAAGAAAAACGCUUUUUGGAAAGGCCAUGCCGUUGCGAUGAGGAAUGCCAUAGAUAUGGCGACUGUUGUUACGACGCUCCGGCUGCCGACGUCGGCACCAGCAUCAGCAACAAUAACAUCAAAGGCGUGGAGUUCAGCAGAAAUUCGUUGGCGUGUUUACCUCUUCGCUUCAAAGAUAACGAUCACACUCCAGACCAAAAGUACUACAUUUACAUGGUCGAUAAAUGUCCGUCUACUUGGUUCGUCGACGGCGACGACGAAUCUCUACCGGCCUUGUGUCAGAAAAAACCAAACCAGUCGGACUAUACCCAUUUGAUGGACAUCCCCGUAUUGUCGCUUGACACCAACCAGACUUACGCCAAUGUUUUCUGUGCUCGAUGUCACUCGGAUGCUGCCCGGCUGGCUCGUUGGAAUGUUUCCAUCGAAUGCAACGAAGAUUUCGAUCAGCUUAAUAUCAGCCGAGCACAAAUAUUUAGUCAAUCCAAUUAUCAGCCAGGUUUGCGGCAAUGGGUUCUUUAUAACCCUUCUAUUGAUACCAUUGGCAGCAUUCGAUGUCACAUAGUUAUCGAUGAAUUCCGGAUGUUUUCAGAUUAUCUCAAAACGACAGGCAGCAGGAGAUGCUUACCGAGAAUAGAAAGUUGUGCUACCAAUUGGACAAGUGAGUCCGACAAAAUCAAAUGUCAUGCCUACACUUUUCUUGUUCAAACGGAACCCCCUCUGGGAUUCAGCAGACGGCACUUACAGCAGAACGUGUACAAGAAUGCCCACUGCGCCAAGUGCAACCAUGUCCAGCCUAAUGAAACUCUUUGCUAUUUUCCGAGGAGUACGGACUUGUUCAGAUUAAGAGCUCCUCUUCCAGGCGGCCGAAGACAAUAUUCGUUUUCAAUGUUAAUUGAUUUUGACUUUGGCGGAAGUGGAGCAGGAGGCGGAAGAAAUGAAAUUGUGUGUGGGCCCAAGGAAAUAUUUGACUACUUCCACGAUCGAUGUCAUGCAGUUAUUUGCGGCGCAAUGUUUGUCAACGAAGGAGGAACUUGCGUACCGAAAUCUGAGCUGAAAGUAGAUGGACCAACAUCCAGAAUUUGGCUCAAUUCAUCUUGCCAGCGAUUGGUUUUAACGGAGAAUCUGGAUUAUAUCCAGCUGGAAAACGGUUCGCUAAUUCUAAACUCUACUGGCGAAAUGCUUCAUCCGGAAGAUUACGAACCGAUUGAAGUCGGACAGAACGUCAGCAUUUGCUCGAUCCAACCGGACAGCUACUUCAAAUACGCCUCAACUGGGCAGCAUUACAUGUCCGAUAUUUGUUUAGCUAUUAGCGUCGUCUGCCUUGCCUUCCACAUAAUCGUUCACAUGAUCCUACCGAAAUUACGAAAUUUACCCGGCAAGAAUUUGCUUUCGCUCUCUUGCGCCCUCUUCAUGGCCCAGCUGCUCUUUUUGACGGGCAUCGGUCUUCGAGACACCGUCGGCUACCGCCUCUGUGCCACUCUGGGAGUGUUGACUCAUUGGUUUUACUUGGCAGCUUUCUUCUGGAUGAACGUCAUGGGCUUCGACAUUUGCCGGACAUUCACCGGGUCACUGAUCAGACACCGCGGCAUGCAAGGCCGUGGCCAGCGCUGCACUUUCAUUUUUUAUUCUUUGUACGCCUGGGGUUUUCCAACUUUGGUCGUUUCCCUGGGAAUCAUGUUGGAUUUAACCCACUUGAUGGACGACUACGCACCCGAAUACGGCACCCGCCUUUGCUGGAUCUCAAACAAGACUGGACUGGGUUUCCUUUUCAUGGUGCCAGUAGCCGUUCUGCUGUUGGAGAACAUGAUCCUCUUCAGUCUGACCGUAUUCUCCAUUUUGAAACAGAGGAGAGCCGCUCGGUUCGCAGUCGACAAGAAACAGUCCUACCGAAAGGCCGGCGAGAGCAAGUCGGUGACGGAAAGGCUCCAACUUCCGCCCGGUCCGACGGCCCCAACGGCCCCCAUGCGUCACAGUAGCACCGCCAACAGCAAGCAAAAGAUUCGCUUCAUCCUUUACAUCAAACUGGGUCUGAUUAUGGGAAUGGGCUGGAUCUUCGGCUUCAUAGCGGCUCUAGCCAAAAUUCCAGCUCUCUGGUACCCGUUUAUCUUCUUCAACGCUUUGCAAGGCGCCUUCAUCUUCGUGGCUUUUUGCUGCAAGCGAAAAAUCUAUUUUAUGCUGUACCAAUGGGCCACCAAUCGACCGCACCCAUCUGACUCGUCGUCAAGCAGCCGAACGACGGCUAGUUCCAACAAGCCUAGCACCAGCACUCAGAGGGCCAGCGUUGCCGUUGAACUACCCAGUAAUUUGGCAGUCGAAUUCGAAAGUCAUCCAACCAAUCGGUUCGUUCCCAUCGUCCAAGACAGCACACAACCGCAGCCUUCCUUAGCGGCCGAACGUCUGCUCCCGCAGGUGGCCGCGGUCGAGAUUGCUCGCAAUUGGAUCAGUUCCGCCUCGCCGGUCAGCCGGGCCAAACGAAAUCUGCCUCGAGUUGUCGUCACCAAACAUUUCGUCAACGAUGACGAAUUUCAUCCGGAUCCGUUCGCCAACGGGCAAAACUCCGCGUGCCAUCUCUACGUUCAAAAUAACAAUCACUCAUCGUUGUCCAAGUCCUGACUAUAGAUACUUAUUCCGUGUCCAUUUCACCUAUAUAUAUCGCGCCGCUACAUAACCCUCUGUUGUUUUAAUUUUAAAAAACAAUUUCUACAUUUCCCUUUUUUUUUACGUAAUUUAGGUUUGAGGUGUUUGAUGUCUGCUAUAGGUGGAAAUAUAUCAGCCCCUGAAAUGAUGGCGUCCAUUGCGAUAGCGAUCGUUAAUUGACAUUUGAGAAUGCUUUUCAGCAUAAAUCCAAGAGAAAGAGCCUUUUUUAUAAUAUGUGCUGCGUUAUGUUAUAAUUAAGUUAUCAUAUCAUGUACGCAAACUCUGUUUCAUAAUCUUUUAGUGUAUACAAAUGUAAUCAAAAGA